AUGGAGAAUCAAGAAAUGCGUACAAAAACCGAAAGUGCAACUCAGGAGCAGCUGCAACAUUAUGUAAUGUUUUGCAAGCAGCAUCCUGAGUUGCAACGGGGGAAGCUAACUCCGACCAACCCUCAAGGGCUGCAAAUACUUUGGUCGGAGUUAGCAGAUACCUUAAAUGCCUUAAAAGGUCUAACUCGGUCGGCAGUCAAAUGGAGGGAGGCCUUAUUGCAUUGGAAACAUCAGUUGCGAUCGCGAGCGCGCAAAAUUAAGGCACAUGCGCAACCGACUGGUGGAGGCCCUCCGAUAAAAGGAAUAACGGAGUUCGAGGAGCAAGCCAUUACAAUCUUUGGGGCAGCAGCGGUGGAUGGAUUGCCGGGUGUUGGGACUUUGGGUCACCAGGUUUUGCCGCCGUUGCAUUUAAAUACAGAACCAGUCCCCGUUCAAGCUCCAGCUUCCUCCCCAACAGUCACAUCGCCUGCUCCAGCGCCCUCACCAACAGUCACAUCGCCUGCACCAGCUCUUCCUGCUUUCUCAAAAAACUUUUCUUCCUCACCAUCACCUCAAAAUUUGUCCUCUUCUUCCUUAUCUCCUCUCAUGUUACCGUCUCCUAUGCCAUCGCCUACUUACAUCCCUUCUGAAGGUAAUUUGACUGCAGCGAAGAUGCUUGGAGCAGUGCUAAAAAAAAAUGAAGGACCGUGAAAAGCGAGAGGAGGAGGCCAUUGCUCUACAAAAGAAAAUUGUAGGGCAAAAUGUGCAGAUGACAGGGGUGGU